AUGAAUAACAUUAUGGAAAAGUUAGAUGAUUUAUAUAAUAUGGCUACUGACUAUAGUGGCGCAGUUAUACCAGAAAAUGUACUGACAGUGUUAGAAAAUAUGUCUCUUGGUCCGUUAAUGGCAGGAAUGUACAAGUUUUUCAAUUGCAGCGCAGGACUGGAUCUGUAUCUUGGUGUUUUAUGCACUGUGGUUCUACUGGCUUAUUUAAUGAUCAAUCGUGGCAAUUAUGAUCAGUAUAAACCCUUCUUUAUUACAGGAUACUGUCUUUUGUUUGCCAAAAUUGCAUUCUAUGCAUACGCAUGCAUCAAAAUGUCAGAUCUCAUUGCUGAAAAAUACCCAAUCUUUUAUGUGGGGAUGAAAUACUGCAAUCCUUUAUACAUAUAUGGACCCACGAUUUUGCUUGUUGAAUUGCUGGUGUUAGGAUUUUUACAAGACCUGCUUUUUCGUAGUAAAGAGGAUGGGACAAGAAGAUUUGCAACUCUGUUUAAGUGGUUCUUUAUGAUCCUUCGUAUUAUAACUAAUGUGGGAUUUUAUCAUCUUCUCUUGCCAUUGCUAUUCAGAAUUCAUUACAGCGAAAGAAUUGCUAUUAUGAUGGUAAUUGGAAUGCAAUUACUCAUUUUCUAUGUCCUACCAUUCGUCGUUUAUUCCUUAAUAGUUCUAAUUUCCUUCCUUUUGACAUCUAAUAAUGCAAUAAUGGUUAACGAAAACCGAGAACACCAAAAUCCAGAUCUUCAAAUUAUACGUUUUAUAAGUAAAUUUUUGGUUUAA